AGGGGGCGGGAGCUGCUGGGGUAGCCUAUGCUAAUAAGUACUCGGGCUAUAAACCGGGCCGUUGCGGAGGGACCAACAUCCAAGAACGCCACUCUUCCGGCGUGAGGCCGCAGCUCCCGGGGACAUCUCCAUGGCCUCGGGUCCUUGCAGCCAGGGGCGGGUGGUGCUGGUGACCGGCGGGGCCCGGGGUAUUGGCGCCGGCAUCGUGCGCGCCUUUGUGGAGAAUGGCGCCAGAGUGAUUAUCUGCGACAGAGAUGAGUCCGGCGGCCGGGCCCUGGAAAAGGAGCUGCGGCUGGUCCCGCCGCCUGCAGGGGCCGUUUUCAUCCAGUGCGAUGUGACGAGAGAAGCAGAGGUGCAGGCCCUGAUCUUCGAGACCCUGCGACGGUUUGGCCGCCUGGACUGCGUGGUGAACAACGCGGGACGCCACCCCCCGGAGGAGCUUCUGGAAGAGACGUCCUCCCGGGCCUUCCGGGAGCUGCUGGAGCUGAACCUUCUGGCCGUGUACUCGGUGUCCAAGCUGGCCCUUCCUUUCCUUCGCCAGAGCCGGGGCAGCAUCAUUAACAUCUCCAGCCUGGUGGGGGCCAUCGGGCAGCGGAAGGCUGCGCCCUAUGUGGCCACCAAGGGCGCAGUGACCGCCCUGACCAAGGCCCUAGCCCUGGAUGAGAGUCAGCACGGGGUCCGGGUCAACUGCAUCUCCCCAGGAAACAUCUGGACGCCCCUGUGGAAGGAGCUGGCCGCCCUGACCCCCGAUCCCUCCGCCACAGUGAGGGAAGGGGAGCGGGCGCAGCCCCUGGGACGGAUGGGCAGGCCGGACGAAGUCGGGGCUGCUGCGGUCUUCCUGGCCUUCCACGCCUCCUUCUGCACUGGUGUGGACCUGCCCCUGACCGGGGGCGCCGAGCUGGGCUACGGGUGCAAGAUGAGCUCCGCCCCCGGUACCUGCCGCCCUCCCGGGAACCCCCCGGGGUGCCCGAGACCCCAAGACCUCCCCCAGGAAGAGGGGCAGGAGCUCCCUUUCCAACUGCAGCCCCUCCCCUCCCCCAGCGCCUUGACCCCUUGACCCUCUCAUCCUCCCUUUCCUUCCUCCCGGCGCUUUCUGUCUGACAAACUGGAAACAACAUUUAUCUCUCCAUUUUAUUUCCUGGCCCCCACCCCUCGGGCCAGAAGCCCGACUGCUUGUGGCAGCAGAGCCCGCCCCCGCCCUCCGCGCUGCGGGGUGCCUGGGGACCCCGGGGCCUCAUGGGGAAUGUAGUUUCGGGGUGGGGUGGGCGCGGCCUCUCUGCGGAGGGUCCAGAGCCGGCUCGGGGUUCUCUCGCCCCAGUCCGCCUCCCCUCCCCCACUGGGAGACCUGAGGCCGGCCUGGAGCGCGCGUCCCGGCUAACGGGCCCCUUAAUGGCGUCCCCGGGGAAAAAGGAAUUAACUGCCAAUUAGGCAAGAUUAAAAAAAAGAGGGAGGAUCCUCCCUGACCUCGGAGACAA